AUGUCAUCAUCUUCAUUUAUUUUUCAACCUUUAAAAGAUUUUAAUUGUUUAUUUAAAUCAAAUAAAUUUUCAACAAUUGAUGGUUUAAGAACAAGUGCUCAUUUAUCCCUUGUUUAUCUACAUAUUGUAAUGGUAUUUGUUCUAUUGAUACCGAUGUAUCCAAACAAAGAAUGGUUAGAAUAUUUAAAAACAAAUUCAUUUCUAGUUACAAGUUAUGCACCACUGAUAUUAGAAAUAUUUUUUUUACUUACCGGUUUUUUAUUAACCUAUCAAACAUUAACAAUCAAAGAAAACAUAAAUAUUUAUUUGUUUAUUUUUAAACGUUUUUUACGUUAUUUACCUGGUUUAGGAUUAAUAUAUUUAUAUAUAUUUAUUUUUGAUGAUUCAUCAAUGAAUAAAAACUGGAUUCAGUAUUUUAUUCAUUUACCGUUAAUACAAAAUUAUAUAAAUACUGAUUAUUGGUCUUUAUCAUUGAUUGCAACAUGGUCAAAUAGUCUUGAUUUUCAAGUCUAUAUUUUAUUAUCUAUAUUAAUAUAUUUUCUAUCAAUGAAAUAUAAAUUAAAUUUAAGACAAAUUUAUGAUAUUUUAUAUAUAUUAUUAUUAUCAUCAUUCUGUGUUUGUUUCUAUUGUUUUGAUUCAAGAACAAUGAAUACAAAAAAAGAAGGUGUACAAUUACAUCCAUUAAUUGCACUAAAUUAUACACAAGUCAAAAUAUAUUUUGAAUUUAAUAAUUUACCAUCAUUAUCAAUAAAUGAAACAACAGUGACAAAUGAUUUAAAUUAUCUUCAAAGUUCAAUUAUAUUAAAAAAUCAUUUGAAAUAUUAUUAUUAUCCAUUACAUAUAAGAUAUAGUAGUUUUAUAGUUGGUUCACUGUUAGCUGUCAAAUUAUUAUUAUCAGGACAUAAUAUACAAAAUAAUAAUACUUUUAGCCGUUUUAAAAAACUUAUUUAUGGCAUAUUAAUGUGUUGUUUAUUUUUAAGUAUUAUACGUCAAUUAAAAAUAACUCAAUUGAAACCAUCAGAAAUUAUGAUAACAAUUGUUAUGUGUUCAAUUCGACAAUUAAUUUCAAUUAUUUUUGCAUUUUUAUUAUAUACAACAUUAGUUGAUAAGCAACAUUCAUAUCAUAAUAAAUAUUUAAAACAAAUUUUAUGUUUUCAUAUAUUUACACCAUUAGCUAAAUUAAGUUAUUCUGUUUAUUUAUUACAUUUUCGUAUAGCAUCGGAUCUUGUUUAUAAAGGACCAUUAAAUAAAUUAUUAAUAGUUCAUAUUGAUUUAGCUGCACCCAUUUGUUUUAUUUUUACAUUAAUUAUAUCUGUAUUAAUUGCUUGUAUAUGGUAUUGUUUUGUUGAACAACCAUUUGUUAGAUUAACAAAUAAUCUUUUCCAUUUGACUACGUCUUCAUCAAACGAUGAACAACAAUCAUUGAUUGAUAAUAAUUCAUACUGUUUAAAAAAAGAAAAGUAAAAAAUAAAUGUGCUUGAUAUUACUUGAUUAUUUAAAUGAAUGAGUUGUAUAACCGUUAUACUUUAGCUGUACGCAAUUCAGUGUAUGGCUUAUGAACUAUUGCAUGGCAGUGGAAUGGUUUUUCGUGAAAUAUUUAAAAGGUCUAAAACGAUAACUGUAUAAAAGUGAAAUUUGCGAUGUUUAUAUUUCGGUCUACGAAGUAGAUUAAGAGCUUCUGUUUGGAGCAUAAGUAGUCGAGGUCAAGUGCUAUCUAUACCUAUGACCAUAUGCAAUAAAAAAAUUCUGUCAUAUAUUAGAUAGUACUACUUUCGAGGUUUAUGGGAAAAAAAAUUCCCAGCACUUGGUCGUAUAUUAGCUGAGAAAUUUGAUUUUUUGUAAAAGCUAUACAGUCUCUGAGUAUUGUCAGUUAAUGGACUUACGAGGGAACUGCCCCAAGUGUCCGCUCGCUUUUUUGUUGAAAUCUAGUGGAGAAUAGGUUAUCGACUAUGCUGAUUCCGAAUAUGACAAUGGUUUUUGCUGCUAGGCCU